AUGGCCUCUGUGAGCGCCAGCUGCCCCCAGGUGCAUGAGCUGGCUCCUGACGUGGAGGCGGUGAUACGGAGCAUUCAUAGCAACAAGACCAAGGCGGUCGUGUACGUGACAGGUGGAGCAGUGCAGGCAAGUUGCAUCUCCUGGCUGCUAGCAGUACCAGGCGCAUCAGCGACAGUACUGGAGGCCGCGGUGCCGUACGCUCGCAGCAGCCUCAUCAGCACUCUUGGAAAGGAGCCCGAGCAGUACUGCAGCUCUGCUACGGCGGCUGCGAUGGCGGAGGCUGCCUACCGCCGGGCCGCUGACCUGAGUUCCUUCGGUGACAGCAUCGUUGGUCUCGGAGCCACUUGCUCUUUAUCCACGGUGGGCGCUAAGCGUGGCGACCACCGGGCGUUUUUGGCAGUCCACGGCGGUUCGGCCGCCGGCUCACGCUGCCUGGCCAUGACCUUGGCCAAGGGCGCCCGCACUCGAGUCGGCGAAGACGACUUGGUCAGCAGGAUGCUCAUUAAGGAAGCGGCAGCUGCUGCCGCAUCCGCUGGCUGCAGCACCGCGGCAGCGCAAUCAGCUUUCGUCGUACAUUCAUAUGACGUCGUAAACGAUAUUCGCCAAGCGGCGAAUGAUCCAGUGCAGCAGUUGCUGCGAGGGGAGAUCCGCUGCGUUGAGUUUUGUGGGAGCGAGGUGGUGGUGGACGCGCCGCGGCAUGGGCGUGUGUACUUGCCCGGCUCGUUCAAUCCCUUACAUCAAGCGGCACUCAGAGCCGCGAACGGCGAUGUCGGCGUUGGCUCGCUCGAAGGCGCCUUUGAGCUAACGGUGCAGAAUGCAGACAAGGGCUUGCUGUCCGCGGAGGAUAUCCACAAGCGUGUGGCUCAGUUUGUGGCAUUGGGGCUCCCUGUGGUGGUGACCCGUGCGCCACUGUUCACCAACAAGGCGGACCUGUUGCCGGGCAGCCGCUUCGUGGUCGGAUACGACACGGCUGCACGGCUCGUGCUACCCAAGUACUACGGCAACUCAUACACGCAAAUGCUGCUUGAUUUCGCAAGGCUGCGGCAGAAUGGGUGCAGCUUUAUCGUAGCCGGUCGCAAGGACGCGGCCAGCGGCAGGUUCAUGUCACUGGCCAACGUGGAGGUGCCGCCGGAGCUGGCCGACUUGUUCACAAAUUCGUUGCCAGAGGAGGCUUUUCGGUUGGACAUUUCGUCGACAGAGCUGCGGCUGAAGGCGCAGCUGAAAUGAUGAGACGCUCAGUAGCUUGGAGAUUGUCCUGAGCAGGGCGGAGCUGUCCGGCGCCUAUGUCGCGACAAGUCACGGAUAGCGCUAGGAACGGAUGGGUGCGUCUUCUCAGAGAAAUUGUACAAUCUUGAUGGCUGAGAGAAUACGGCUAGGAGGAACGUAUUAAAGCUAUCAAGUGUGUGGUAUGUAACUUUUUGGCUGGAUCUCCUUACGGACUACACGGCGGCUACGAUGCAGAAGACUUCUAAACCUGGUGGGCCCUGUCACUUUGUCGUUAGGAUUAGCGCUGCAGACAUUAACGAAAGGAGAAAAUGCCCAAUUCGUUGAUUGGCAUCUGUAAAUGGUGGUGGCGGUGGGAGUGGGAGACUAAAUACAAAACUCGUUUCUUGAUGAGGCUCUCGGGGACUAAGGUGGAUCCCAACAUCCGAUGUAUGUCAACAGCCCCAGCUUUUGCCUUGGGCACUGGCAGUACCUGCGGCAACGUUGCGCGUCAUAAUCAGCUACCAUGUAAUUUCAUCCCC